AUGGACAGCCCAAAAAUGGUCAAAUGGCCAACACGCUUUGAUAAUCUAGAUGCCGCAUUAGCAUUCGCACGAGAAUACUGGCCUCAAUGCUCCGUAUACAGCAAUCUUGAAUCUGCCAAUACACACUUAAUCGCCAUUCGCAAACUCAUCCAGGUACUUCCCAUCAGCCGACAAGAAGUCUGCGCUUCCACAGCUACGGCACUAGCCCACCUGAUAUUUGCCAAGAGUGACCUAUACCACGUAAGCAAACGCAAUCAAGAACUACAAGCUGAGGUCGACCGUUUCAAACGGCAUAAUGUCGAACUUGGAGAUGAUCACAAACUACUCAUCGCUAAAUACGACACGCUCAAAUCAGAACACCCAUAA